AUGGCGGAUUCUACGUCUACCGGGAGCCAGCUUGAUGAGUCACCAUCGGCCAAUGCCGCUGCGCACUGUAGAACCACUAGGAAAGACCAGCUGGAGCUUGCAAGGCAAGACGUUAGAAAGCUGAUUUCUGAGAAGUUUUGCAAUCCAAUCAUUGUGCGGCUCGCGUGGCACGAUAGCGGCACGCAUGACAAGGACAUUUCAGGUUUUCCAGAGCGCGGCGGGGCAAAUGCUUCCAUUCGCCUAGAACCAGAACUCCAUCACAAGGUCAACAAGGGCCUGGACAUUGCUGUGAACCUGCUUCAGCCGAUCGCAGACAAGUAUGAGGGCGUCUCCUAUGCUGAUCUGUACCAGAUGGCCUCUGUCACUGCCAUCGAGAUGUCAGGAGGGCCCCACAUCUCACUGCGCUACGGCCGCAAGGAUGCCCCAGGGCCAGAAAGCCCAAUCCCAAUCGGCCGUCUGCCUUCGGGGGGACCGCCCUGGCAUGACGGGGCCCCCGGGCCUGCGGAGCAUCUGCGCAACAUCUUCCACCGCAUGGGCCUCAACGACCAGGAGAUUGUGGUGCUGUCAGGCGGCCAGACGCUGGGCCGCUGCCACCCGGAGCGCAGCGGCUUCGGUAAGCCGGUGACCAAGUACACGCGCGACGGCCCCGGCGCCCCCGGCGGAUCCCCCUGGACCCCCGACUGGCUCACCUUCGACAACACUUACUUCCAGAAGGUGAAGGCGCAGGAUGAUCCAGAUCUGGUGGUCCUCGAGACAGACGACGUCCUCUUCAAAGACCCUGGCUUCAGGCCGUUUGCAGAGAAGUACGAGCAGGAUCAGGACGCCUUCUUCAAGGACUACACUGCGGCGCACAUCAAGCUGUCUGAGCUGGGUGCAGAGUGGCAGGACGAGACAUUCACCCUUGAGGGCGAGGGACCCGCUGAUGUGUCAGCUGACGUGUCAGGCCUGAGCCUUGAUCCCGUGAGGGAGGAAGAGAAACCAUCCUGA